AUGGAACAAGAUGAAGACCAAGUCCAACAAGACCUUGAGUAUGAACUUGAGAGUGAAUUAGAUGAAAAUGAAACCUUUCAUUCUGAGAUGUCUGAUUAUUGGGAUGAACAAGGCUUAUAUUCUAACCCCUGGAAACAAGAAGAACAUAAAGAUUUCUGCGAAAUUGAAACACCCAACGACUAUAACCCUACACUCUAUUUAACUGAAACUAUAACAGAAGAUAAACCUCCCUUCCAAGUAGGAGUACUAGAUAAAAUACAAAAACAAAAAGUAGAUGAACUAUUUACAGGAUACCCUGAUGUAUUUGCAGAAAAUAUAUCUGAAGAGGGACAAACUAUCGAACUAGGACAGACCCAUAUUGUAGAACAUACUAUCAAUACUAAGGACGCAACUUCAGUUAAACAAAAGGUUUAUAGAAUUGCUUCUAGCAAUCAAGACUUUGUUAAACGAGAAAUACAAACUAUGUUAGAAAAAGGUUUAAUCAGAGAGUCCGCUAGUCCUUGGGCUUCUCCUAUUGCGACUGAAAAGGACGUCUACCCCCUCCCUGUAAUUGAUGAUAUCCUGAAAUCUUUUAAAGGUGUAAAAUGGUUUUUGAGUCUUGAUCUUGUCUCUGGACAUGAAAUCUCUUGGCAAGGAAUCCGACCUGAUAAAGAAAAGUUGAUAAAGGUUAAAGAAUUUCUCCAACCAACUAAUUUACGAACUCUUAGAGGCUUUUUGGAUGUACUCUUUGAAUGGAAAAGUGAACAACAAGAGGCCUUUGAAUGGCUAAAAAUUCAACUUAUAACUGUUCUUAUUUUACGUUACCCAGAUUUUAGUCAACCUUUUUAUCUGCAUACGGAUGCAUCUGGUACAGGAUUAGGAGCCAUAUUGGCUCAGAAAGAUGAAAACAAAAAUGAAUACGUAGUCGCCUACGCUAGCCGAAGUCUUAAUAGAGCUGAACGAAACUACUCCACGACUGAACAAGAAUGCCUUGCUGUUAUAUGGGCAGUGGAACAUUUUAAACAUUAUUUUGGAAUCUCCCCCUUCUUUGUAGUGACUGAUCAUUCCGCUUUAAAAUGGUUACGCACCACAGAAUUAAAAGGAC